GAAUUCCAAAAAAAAAUUUUUUCAGAAAAAAUGGAACGAAGCAAAACCCGAGCAAAAGCAGGAGGAGGACCCUUAGUUAGGGUAGAACAAGAGAAAGGAGAGAAUUCUUUAACAGUCGACUUAACAGGCUCGAAUAAUUUAAAUCAAAUUCCUCCAAUAAAUAAAUCUUCGACUUCAUUAAAUAUUAGAAAAUUAAUUGAGGAAAAUACAAAUAAAUCAGAAACAGAAAAAAUAUUGUCUGGAAUAGCUAUAGAAGAAUGUGACACAAAUCAAAGAUGGGAACAAUGUCCAGACUCAGAAAGGGAGUGUGAACCAAGCUGUGAAUGGACAGCUUUCCCCGAAUCUAUACCUGUUUGUCCAUCACGCACUUCUGAACAAAAAUGUGGGAAACCAAGAUGUGUUUGUGUUGAAGGCUUUGUUCGGUUGGGAAAGAAUUUGAACGAAUGCAAACCUUUUAGUUUCUGUCAGGCACCGGAAGCAACACCAGAAUUAAUUCAAGAAGAAAUUAAAAAUAAAGAGCAAGUAAAACAACAGAAAUGCCCAAAAAAUGAAGUUUGGGAAAAAUGUGGGAAUGCUUGUGAACCUACCUGUCAGAGUAUGUAUAGUGAAGAACCUUGUAGUUCUGUUUGUGAAAUGCCGGGGUGUACUUGUACUGAUAAUUUUGUUAGACUAUCGGUUGGAGGUCCUUGUAUUGAAUGGACAGAAUGCCCAAGUUGGUUUUUGUGA